AUGACGGAAAUGAGUAGUCGUUCAAUACUCCCUCAAGAUCAGAUUGUGGAAAUUCUCUCAUGGCAUCCGGUGAAGGUUCUGAUGCGAUUCAGGUGCGUUUCUAAGACCUGGAAUUCUCUUAUCUUGAACCCGACCACAAGGGUCAUGUCUCAAGAUUCCCCACGCAUCCUUCUCAAUUCAAGCAACUAUAAGACUGGUCGGAGUUCUUUCAACUUUGGAUUUGGGUACGAUGAUCGCAGUGGCACUUUCAAGGUGGUCGAAGUUCUAUGUGACAUUAAAUCACAACAAAGGGUGGUCAGAGUCCAUUGCUUAGGCGACACUUGUUGGAGAAAGACCUUAACUUUCCCUGCUGUUCCCUUUCUAGGAUAUCGUGGAUGCUUUGUGAGUGACACUAUCAACUGGAUAGCAAUUCCUAGUUUGAGUUCUACUACUCAAUAG